AUGUCUAUGGGUAUCACAUCCUAUGCAAACCGUGCAAAUGCACUUUGUCUAUUCAAAGAUUAUGAAAGCAACCGAAUCUAUGUAAUAGCCAGCAAAGGCGCUUUUACAGCAUUAGAUCAAGCAGAAGAUCACGAUGCGUGGGAGAAAUCAACUAGUCUCCCUAGCGAAGCAGAGCUGAUUCAAAGGAUCACGAAGUUGGACAUUCAUCUUAAUUUGGACGAAGAAUGGAACGCGGCUCACAACAAUUCUCAACCUACUUUGGUGGACAUUGACAUGCUUCUUCGAGCGGGAGUUAUCUCGGAUGAAGAUCUUGAUCUACUCCUUGCCGACGAAGCACUCGAUGCUCUGCUUCUAGCCUGCAAGUCCCGCGGAAAGCUGACGAGACCAGGUCAUUCUAUUCACGGAGAAGAACUCUCCACUGUUGUUCCCACUCUAGAGUACACUGGGAGUAACAGACUGUACAUUCACCAGCAGUUGUAUAAGGCGCUCAAUGCUGGGCUCAAAAUUGGCGUUCCAGCUAUGGGGCAAUUAUUUACAAUAAUUUUGGAUCGUACACUGAGGUCAAGAACUACGCUGAUGCCGGCUUUGACAAUGAGAAAGGAAAUAUAG